UACUGUCUAGGUUCCACUGUAAUUGCCCAGAUGGAUAUUUUGGCACCAUGUGUGACCUGGAUAUUAAUGAGUGUGAAGUUUCACCUUGCCUUCACGAGGCCGUCUGUAUCAACAAACCUGGAGGCUUCAAGUGUGUCUGUCGCCCUGGAAACGCAGGGACGUGGUGUGAACUGAGCGUAGACGAGUGUGUGUCGACCCCGUGCCAAAACGGCGGGAGCUGCGUGGAUGGUCCCAAUCGAUACCAAUGCUUAUGUGCUGGAGGCUUCAUGGGUUUCCAUUGCGAAACCAACUUUGAUGAAUGCAUGUCGGGCCCCUGUCUUCACGGGAGGUGCAUUGAUGGAGUGGAUGUGUAUUACUGUCAGUGUGAAUUGGGAUGGACUGGUGCCAGAUGUGAAAUGAACAUUGAUGAGUGUUCUUCCAGUCCGUGUCUGAAUGGUGGCUCCUGUGUGGACUUGAUUGAUAAAUAUGCAUGUUUCUGCCUGGAUGGAUACACUGGAAAGAACUGUGACAUUGACAUAGACGUCUGUCUCGAAACCCCCACCAAUGUCACCCUGUGUUUAAAUGGAGGGACUUGUCUCGAUGGCCAAGGCUCCAAUUUCACCUGCAGGUGUCCAGCAGGUUUCAUAGGGGACUUCUGUGAGAUGGACGUUAAUGAAUGCUGUUCAGAUCCAUGUCUCCACGGGGCUAUCUGCCGAGACCUGCUUAACGGAUACCUCUGCCACUGCAGGGCAGGUUGGACAGGCCUUCACUGUGAGUUGGACAUUAAUGAGUGCCUUCCGCAGCCCUGCAACCAAGGGAUGUGCAUCCAGAACGAGCCUGGCUACGGCUACACCUGUUUCUGUCGUCCUGGAUUUGUGGGGAGGAACUGUGAGCACAAUUACGAUGACUGCCUGCUCCAGCCGUGUCCGGGAGGAUCCUCCUGUGUUGAUGGUAUCAACGAGGUCAGCUGUCAGCCAAUCGAGGGAGACAUGUCCUCUGUGCCCUGGGAGCCUUCUAUGACACAAACCCCUCGGGGAUCCCUGCUCACCACAUCACCAAUGUCACCAGUGUCACCGUACAGUGAACAACCAACAGAGUGUGUGCUGGCAGGCGUCUUCUCGGACAUCUUCAACAUGUCCCUAUCCCAGGCUGUAGGUCCCUCCUGCUUCAAGGAGACCACCAUCGUCCCUGUGCCCAAGACAAAUAAAAGGCCACCCCAGGGGUGUUUCCUCAGCCCUCUGUUGUACUCCCUGUUCACCUACGACUGUGUGGCUUUGCACGACGCCAACUCCAUCAUCAUGUUUGCCGACGACACCACCGUUGUAGUCCUGACGUGGACCAACACCACCACCACUCUUGUCAAGAGGGUCCUCUCCAAAUACUGCCGCUGCACCAUCGAGAGUGUCCUGACCGGAUGCAUCAUGGCCUGGUAUGGGAAUUGCUCCAUCUACAACCGCAAGGCCCUCCGGCGGGUGCGGGUGGUGAAGACGGCCCAGUACAUCACUGGGACCGUGGCACUCCAGCGGGUGGGGAAGACAGCGCAGUACAUCACUGGGACCGUGGCCCUCCAGCGGGUGGGGAAGACAGCGCAGUACAUGACUGGGACCGUGGCACUCCAGCGGGUGGGGAAGAAAGCGCAGUACAUCACUGGGACCGUGGCACUCCAGCGG